UAAAACUCUCACCAAACAAAACAAACCCCAAAAAAAAAAAAAAAAAAAAAAAAGGAGCAACAAUAGAUCGCCUCCAAAAGAAAGAAAGCUCAAGAUUCUCGGGACGACAUUAUCGCCUGCUUUGUAGAUAUCUUUCAAUUUCAAUUUCAAUUUCAAAUCUAGAAAAAUCGAAGAUGAAGCAUCUGGAUGAAACUCCGUCGACGCCGGGCAAGUUCAAGAUGGAUAAAUCUCCAUACUUCCUUCACCGCACGCGGUGGCAAUCAUCGGUGGCAAAGCUGGCCUUCUGGUCUCUGGUCUUCGUCGGCUUCAUCUUCAUCUUCUUCUACCGAUCUCCCUCCUCCCUUCCCGAUCCAUCUCGGCGAUCCCUUCGCACCUACUCCUGGGGAGGCCCCGCUUGGGAGAAGCGUGUCAGAUCCUCGGCCCAUGUCCGCACCCGCCGCGGUGUCUCUGUUCUCGUGACCGGAGCCGCCGGAUUCGUGGGCACCCAUGUAUCCGCGGCGUUGAAAAGACGCGGAGACGGCGUUCUGGGGCUGGACAACUUCAACGAUUACUACGAUCCGUCGCUCAAGAGAGCGAGGCAAGCCCUUCUGGAGCGGAGCGGAGUGUUCGUGGUGGAAGGAGACAUCAACGACGCGGCGCUCCUCAAGAAGCUCUUCGAGGUCGUCCCUUUCACCCACGUUAUGCAUUUGGCCGCUCAAGCCGGCGUCAGGUACGCCAUGGAAAACCCCAGCUCCUACGUUCACAGCAACAUCGCUGGCUUCGUCAAUCUCCUUGAGGUCUGUAAAUCUGCUAACCCCCAGCCCGCCAUCGUCUGGGCCUCCUCUAGCUCCGUCUACGGAUUGAACACCAAAGUCCCUUUCUCCGAGAAAGACAGGACCGACCAACCUGCCAGCCUCUACGCUGCUACUAAGAAAGCCGGCGAAGAGAUUGCUCACACUUACAACCACAUCUAUGGCCUCUCUCUCACCGGUUUGCGCUUCUUCACGGUCUACGGUCCCUGGGGAAGACCUGACAUGGCCUACUUCUUCUUCACCAGAGACAUUCUCAAGGGCAAAGCCAUUUCUGUCUUUCAAGGCGCCAACCACGGCUCUGUCGCUAGGGACUUCACCUACAUCGAUGACAUUGUCAAGGGCUGUUUGGGGGCUUUGGACACCGCCGACAAGAGCACUGGGAGUGGUGGCAAGAAGCGUGGUGCCGCUCAGUUAAGGGUUUUCAAUCUUGGAAACACCUCCCCGGUCCCAGUGACCGAUCUGGUGAGUAUUCUCGAGAGAUUGUUGAAAGUCAAGGCAAAGAGGAACAUUGUGAAGAUGCCUAGGAAUGGGGAUGUGCCCUUCACUCAUGCUAACAUCAGUUCCGCGCAAAGAGAGCUCGGUUACAAGCCCACCACCGACCUUCAGACUGGUCUUAAGAAGUUUGCCAGAUGGUAUUUGGGUUACUACAAUGGCGGAAAGAAAGCUGCAAGCUGAUUUUGAUUGAUCGAUCCUCCUCUCUGUGUUUGUUGUAGCUGUGUAAGCCACUCUUCUUCUUUCUUUUUUUUCUGACUCGAGAUUCUUGUGAUUGUUUCCACUUGCUCCUCCUUUUGUUGGUCCUUUGUUUUCUCCGUAUAUGUUUCUAAGCAUCCAUUUAUACUCCACGAGAACCAUAAACUGAGAUUAUAUCCUCCUUCUCACAGCACUACUAUAUAAGAUUCAAUGGCUAUUUCAUUAUCA